AUGGCUAGCAGAGCUGACACCUGGUUCCAGCCAUUGGAUCCAGAUAUCCGAAGCGAUUGGACAGGUCUCCGUGAAGUUUGUCUGCGCCGUUUCGCACUACCAGUAGAUGACAGAGCGACCCAAACUACUCGAAUGGAAGAACUGUUCAACAACAUGGACCAAGGCCUAGGGGAGAAGAUUUCCGAAUACCUAGAGAGAGCAGACGACUUCGAUGCUCAAUACGGGAUAGAAAAGAAUGGUUCGAUAUGA